AUGUGCGCCGGGUUUGAAACAGGUGACGUGGAUGGGAGCCGGGCAGGCUUCCCUGGCGGAGGAUCGCCAGAAGCUGCCCGCGGCCUGGAGCCCCGCUUUGUACGCGUGUUCUGCCUGGCCGUGCCCGCGUCGCAGCCCAGAGGAGCGGCUCCGCAGCAGAGCGAAGAGUUAACUCAUUUGUAUGGCUUUCUUGAGACGCAGGAGUCUAACCGUUUGUAUUUCAGGGGGUCCCCAUGUGCUUUCAGCACUGCAGCUCAGCAGAGAAGCACAGGAGAUGAGUGUGGCCCGGAAGAUCCCCGUGAUGAGCCCAAGCAUCCCCUUUCUGACUGUGCCUUAGAGCGCAAAGCCAUCAAAUUGGAGGAACAAGUCCGGGAUUUAACUGAGCGAUACCGGAAAGCUUUGGCAGAUUCUGAGAAUGUCCGGAGGAGAACGCAGAAGUUUGUGGAAGAUGCCAAGCUCUUUGGGAUCCAGAGUUUCUGCAGGGACCUUGUGGAGGUAGCGGAUAUCUUGGAGAAGACUGCCGAGAGUGCCGCAGAAGAAGCGGAGCCUAGUAAUCCAAAUCCAACCCUGAAGAAAAUCUAUGAAGGCCUCUCUCUCAUAGAGGCCAAAUUGCAAAGCGUAUUUGCCAAACAUGGCCUUCAGAAGAUGAACCCUGUUGGCGGCAAGUAUGAUCCAUAUGACCAUGAAAUAGUCUGCCAUGUACCAGCCGAGGGAAUGCAGCCGGGCACGAUAGCACUGGUGACUCAGGAUGGCUAUAAACUCCAUGGUCGCACUAUCCGACACGCACUCGUCGGCGUGGCAGUAGAGUCACAGGAAUGACGUGGGCUUACCCACUGGCAUCUGGGACCUUACUGAGCUGAGGACCCCUCAGCACUCAGUCGCAACUGCAGCUGCAUGUCUUUACUUAUUUAUUAAGCUAGGUUUGUAUGGUAUGUUGGCUUCUUUAUAAUGUGUGCAGUCAUUUUGCCAUUAAUUCUAAGGUACUUGUAUAUUUAAUAAUCCUCUUUGGCAUAUGUGGAGUAGUACUAGGAGUCCUGCUAUUUGUCAGAAAUGUGGCACUGUAGCCCCUUUCUCCGUUGCUCAUUUCUCCAUUAAGACUUGUAUGGGGAAGAGGAGAGAUACGGGAGAGAAAGGGAAAUUCUUUGAGAGCUAAGGAAUCUUGUCUCCCGGUUCCAUCUCUGAGACAGACUCCUGCAGUGGCCAUCAGGAAAGUAACUUCUCUGCCUCAGUUUCCAUAUCUGUAUUAAGGGAAUAUAAUAAUACUUAUUGACCUACCUCA